GGAGAUUCAGGAGGUCUACCGCAGUGCUGUGCUUUUCGAGUUCGGAGUAUCCGUGGCUCCGGAAUCACAUCAAAUGGGCGACGACUUGGAGGAGCUGAAGGCCGAGAAUGAGAAGCUUAAAGAAAAGCUCCGUGCGAAAGUAUGGAGCAUGGCCCUUGCUACGGUCUCUGAGAUGGAGAAGAUCGCAGGUGGUGCGAGCCAUACAGAGAACGUGACCUUGCCCAACAGAAUCGCAGCGUUGGAGCGCUCGGUCUUUGGACAAUCUGCAAGCUCAGAUGAUUUAGAACGUAUCGCGGCGCUGGAAACGGAGUACAAGCAGCUCCAAGAUGACUACGUGGUGUUGUCAGAGGAGCAUCAGAAGCUGCAAGACAGGCCGCCCGUGAUCAUCAAGCAGGAAGACAACAAGUCUGCCUUGUUGGAGGAGCAGUUGCGUCGAAUGCAGGAGCAGUACCAGGCGAUCCAGCAGAAGCUGAACAAGAUGCGCGUGGAGCAUCUUGAUCUCCAAACCACGCAUCGAGAACUCUUGGAACAGCAUGAGACCCUGAGGGGUGAGGCCGAGAAAGUGGAGAAGGAGCUCAGCACACAGCUCAGAGUCCUUCGAGAGAAGCAUGCGAGAGUGGGGCAGGAGCUCCAACAGCUUCGCUCCAGUUCGCAUGAGAUGUCUCGACAACUCCAAGAGUGCAAGCAGGAGAAGCUGAAACUCUUUAACGAGUUGCAACAGCAGCAGGAGAAAUCCGAGAACAUGGAACAGUUGAGAAUCGACUAUGAAUCUCUGCUGGGUAGCUUUGAGCGUUUGCAGGAGGAUCACGAGCAGCUCGUGGAAAAGAGCAACCGAUUUCGCAAUACGAUGGCGGAUUCGUGGGCAGAACGUCCAAAGAGUGGUGCCGGGCUCUUGCCACCCAUCACGCCGCUGACGGCCAACUCCCGCUGUGCCACGCCUCGAUCGCCCGAGCGUAGCUUCAGCUUGGCGGAGAUGAAGCUCAGCUGCGAGGAAUUCUCCAAAGAGGUGACCUUCCCUUCGUCCUUGCUGGAGCCCAACGGCCCCCUGUCCGUGUCGCAGCUGAAGACUCGGCUGAUGGAAAUCAGAGGUACUGUCUUAUACUGCCAACAAGAGGCAGACUCCAAUUUCUGAAGCAUCUACGGUCUUUUUUUUUGCCACAAUGGCAAUCGGCCCUUAGUUCCUUUCGCCGGGUAACAACUCGCUCCUCAUUUUCCCUCUAUCCAGCCCUAUGAGUGGAUAGAGCGUAGAAACCGCCCCCUGCUCGCAGAACUCAGUGCUGAGUAGACCGUUUUUUUGGUAUUUCUGGGUACCAGAACAUGCUCUGAGUAGACCGUUGUUGCAGAUUCAGGAGUUUUGGACCUUCGGACCCCUGUGGACCCAGAAGAAGUCCGGACCUUUCUCGCUCAAGACACUGGACCUUUUGGCCAAGCCAGCUGUUCGGCGAUCUUUGGGAGCCAUGACCACUUUCCCGAAGCAACAUGAGAUUCAUGUCUGGAUACAGAUGAACCGACGUGAUUGCCUGGAAGACACGGCCGUGCACUAGCUGGGAUCGGCUUGAUCCUCGGUUCUUAAAACAGUG